GAUGUUUUUGCAGCUCUAAUUUUGAAGGCUUUCAUUUUAAAUGCAAAAUCAUGACACAUUUACGCUGUAAAUAUAAAAUGGUGGCAACGUUGGAUGACAUUAAAAACAUCUAUUAAUUAUUAUUAGUUAACACACAAACUGAGUUGCUAUGAAGAUAAACGAGAAAAAUUUAUGUGUUUUUGCCAGAGCACCACCCUAUGAUAUGGAAGGGUUUCUUAACAAAAGGGGCGAAAUUAAUAGGGCUUUUCAAAGACGAUAUUUUGUGCUAAAGGGCAAUCUGCUGUUCUACUUUGAAACGCGAAUUGACAAGGAACCAUUGGGAUUAAUUAUAGUCGAAGGCUGUACCAUCGAAUUGUCAGUUGAGACGGAUAUGGACAAUUACUGCUUCGAGAUAGCAUUUAAUGGCAAUCGCACCUAUGUACUAGCCGCAGACACACAGGAAAGCAUGGAGGCCUGGAUGAAGGCGCUAACGUGUGCUGGCUACGAAUAUAAACGCAUUAUUGUGGCAGAAUUGCAGCGUCAGCUGCAGGAAAUUGAAGAGUCCAGAAAUAAAAUGCGUAGCAACCCCGCUGGUAUAACUCUGUCUGCUGAAACGGAUACAACGGGAAAACCAAAGCCGCCACCAAGGCGGCAAAAUCCCUUCAACCGUCCGGCACCGCCACCGCCAACAACUGAUGUAGACCUCCAAUGCGGUGUCGUGUCACCCAUGCCUUUUAUAACUGGAUACUUUGGAUCAAGCCAAGCGAAAGCAGAUCUGGACCAGCGACGUUCAAACCACGGCCUUAUUUUGCAAUCCACACCCAAAGCACGGCGACAUGGGAUAGGUCCAUCUCCUACUAUUUUCUACAAUGAUAACUUCACGACUUCCAGUCAAUCCGGAAAAUUGGCAAGCAUCACGAAUGUUGAGCGCAUGGAACAGCAAAUUCGCCUUGCGAAUGCCAUUGAGGAAUUCACACGCAACCACGAACAAUUUCGAAAAAAUGUGAUGUCGGAUAUUAUUGCGUAUCGUGAACGGCAAAGUCAACCCCUAAUACAAUUCUGAUUCAAUUUUGAAGAAUGAUUUGCUUUCGAAACGCAUCUCAUAACAUUUGUAUCGUCUACUUUGUGCUAAAUUAUAAAAUAUUCGUUUGUUAUACAAUGUAAUAUAUUUA